AUGUCAUCUCCCGUCCCGCUUCUGCGCCCGCCAGUCCCUGGCUCCCGCAGCAACAACAGCAGUCCUCGAGCUCCGAAACUCACAUUAGGCAUUCCCCCAUCGCCCAACAACAAAUCUGUGAAUGGCAAUGGUGUCUCGGAAGCGCCCCAGCCUCACCGUCCCUCGUCCCGACCUGCUCCCCCGCAGCUACGCCUGGCAACGCCCAUGCCAAAUGGUCGCCCAGCCGCGCCCCCACUCAAUCUCAACACGAACGGACUGGGAGAGACAUAUGCCCAAGUCGGUGUGGAUGGGAAGGGAAGUGGUCCCGGCUCUGCCAACUCAUCAUACUCGGCGCUGUCCUUUGCCAUGGGUCUGCGACAGCCCGCCGACGGCGCCGAUCCCUCAUCGGCCAUCGGCUCGGUGUACUCAGACCGGGAUGGUGGGGUUUCGAUGGAGCGCGAAAACAGCGUGAAUGGGCUGCUACCUGAUUUGGAUAAACUGAGCUUGGAGAAGGGCCGGCCCCUCGAUGUAGAUGAUUUGGAUGAUGAAAGCUGGCACGCUGCCAGCGAACAGAAGAAAAUUGUCGAGCUGGGCAGCUUGGGAGAAGGUGCGGGCGGUGCCGUCACCCGGUGCAGAUUGAAGGAUGGGAAAACGGUCUUUGCGUUGAAGAUUAUCACCACGGACCCGAACCCCGACGUGAAGAAGCAGAUUGUUCGGGAACUCAAUUUCAACAAAGACUGUACCUCGGAUCACAUUUGCCGCUAUUACGGUGCGUUCAUGGACAAAUCCACGGGCACCAUCUCCAUUGCUAUGGAAUUUUGCGAGGGUGGCAGCCUUGACAGCAUCUACAAAGAAGUCAAAAAGCUUGGAGGCCGCACGGGCGAGAAGGUCCUUGGAAAGGUCGCAGAGGGCGUCUUGAAUGGGUUGACUUACCUUCACAGCCGAAAGAUUAUUCAUCGAGGUACGGGCCAUGCCAUUUCCUUCGAGAUCCAUCGGACACCAAGACUAAUGUUCGGCGCAGAUAUCAAACCUUCAAACAUUCUCCUGUGCCGUGACGGCCAAGUCAAGCUCUGCGAUUUCGGGGUGAGCGGCGAGUUCGGCACCAAAGGAGAUGCGAACACCUUCAUCGGUACUUCUUACUACAUGGCUCCUGAGCGUAUUACUGGUCAAUCCUACACAAUCACUUCCGACGUCUGGUCCCUGGGCGUGACCUUGCUCGAAGUCGCGCAGCACCGAUUCCCCUUCCCCGCGGAUGGCACGGAAAUGCAGCCUCGCGCUGGGUUAAUCGAUCUCCUCACCUACAUCGUCCGCCAGCCAAUCCCGAAACUAAAAGAUGAGCCAGACAACGGCAUUCGCUGGUCAGAAAAUUUCAAAUACUUCAUAGAAUGCUGUUUGGAGAAAGAGCCGCCUCGCAGGGCGACUCCCUGGCGGAUGCUGGAACAUCCCUGGGUGUUGGACAUGAAGAAUAAGAAGGUCAACAUGGCGAACUUCAUCAAGCAGGUCUGGGACUGGAAGGAGUAG